AUGGCCAUCCUCACUCGCCCCGCCAGCAAGCGGCACACCAUCCACUUUGGCUCGAACCUGGGUGAAAUGCAGAAGCACUUGCCUGCUGGUAGCCCCGAGAAGAACGGUCGAGCUCAGAGCGCCGCGACUGCUGUUGAUGACGAGCGUGAGAAGCGCCCCAAGAGUCUUUUCGGCUCAAUUCGAAACCGACGCUCAGCCUUGAGCACUCCUGCGGAAGACUUCAAUAAUGGCAGAAAGAGUUCUGCCUCUGUCAUGUUGAGGGAUAUGAGCAGGUCUUCCAAGGAGUUCUUCAGCAAGCUGACCAUGCGGAAGAAAGAGGAGCACGAUCUUCGGGUUGCCUUCAUCGGCAACCAGAAUUGUGGCAAGGAUGUCCUUCUUUCUCGCUACACUCUGUCAGCCAACAGCGGCAACAUCGUCUACCGCCCCGACGUGGAUCCCUUCCGCGUCAAACUCACUGGUGUCUUGUCCGUCGACAACUACAAGGCGCGCACCGAGAUCUGGGAUAUUGCUCAUCGAAACGUGAAGAACGGCCAGACACAUCCCCUGGCAAUGGCGUCCUUUGAUGUGGUCGUCAUCUGCGUUGACAUCGGAGACGAGCGCAACCUGAAGUCUGUCGCCAAGUGGCAGCGCGUGGCCAAGAGAUACUGCCCAGGUGUUUCGUCCAUCGUCCUUGGCCUGAAAGCCGACCUGCGUCCCGACUUCCCGACCCUGCGGCUCGGCUUCCUGAAGGAGUCGACUGCGUUCACUGUCGGACAGGGAGAAGAGACUGCGCGAAAGAACAAAGCGUCGGCCUAUUAUGAGUGCUCUGCUAAGACCGGCGAAGGUGUCACGGAGUUCUUCGAGUCUCUGGUUCGCUUCUCAGUCCAGGCCACCCGUACCCGAUACAAGCUGCGGCAGGGAGCAAGCCGCAGGUUCUCCAACCUGUUCCGCAAGAAGUAG